UGUUUUCUCACAGCCAUGAAACGUGAAUUGCUGUCGCUGCACAGGUCGGCAUGCUUGUUUUGGGAGUAUCAAGAUGGCGGAUGGUGACUUCAGUUUUGGUGGCCAAUCCAGUCUUUUUUUUUUUUUUUUUUUAGAUUAGUGGAUGCAAUUUACAGGCCACGGUUAGCGUUUCAAAGUACAGUUUCAAACUACGCCGAGGGUUCGACGCCAGGCGUGUGGUGUUAAAUUAGUGGUUUAAACAAGGGUUGAGAGGUUUCACCCCAGGUUUGGGUUUUUAAGAAUGGUGGAGUUUUGAAAUUCGGGUUUUAAGCAAUGGGUAGUUAGUGUUCAAGUCAGGGAAUGUCAAAGUAAGGUUUCAAGGCAGGUUUGGACUUUCAGUGUAGGAUUUUAACCAAAGAAUAAGCUUUCAAGUCAGAAUUAAGGUUUCAAACUAGGGUUUCAAGCAAAGGUCAAAUUGUAAACAAGGGUCGUGGUCGCCAAUUUGGGUUUUCAACAAGCACUGGGCUUUUAAAUUCGGGGUUUUCAGCAAGUGAUGGGCUUUCAAGCCAGGGUAGGGUUUUAAAGAAGGGUCGGUUAGGCGCUAAACUUAAAAGCAAGAAAAUACGGUGCUGUAACAGUAAAUGCUGGGGGAAGGAAAGUCUGGGCCUCGAACCAACCUCGGCUAAGCGGUAGAAGAUGGAUGGAUCGAUCGAAGAGUAAAUGCGGCCUGUCUCCAUGGCAACAAGCCACUCCCCUUCCGACAUUGCAGGUGCUGAUGGGCGUCACUGGAACAGUUUAACCGCUGCGCAGGAGCAACGCCAUGAACAAUGGAGACCGUGGGCACCUGUUACAUCCUGAAGUUCCUUCGCUCGUCCGACCUGACGCCGCUGUGCGACUUCAAGGAGGCGGAGCUUCUCCGGAAGGAGGCGGACUUCUACAAGAUCGAGCCCCUACUGGAGCGCCUGGGAGACGCCGUCAGGCGUCCUCGGUCGGCGCCAUACCCAAGCGACUCGUACGACGAGCUGCUGGAGCUGUGCAGCACCCGGAAGCAGCCCAAGCAGUACUCCAAUCCGGUUGCAAUCAUCAUCAAGCAACUGACCGUCACCACCGAGGUCCGCCGUCGCCUUGUCCUAACAAAACUCUCUUGAAACUAGGCUCUGAACCACAGACUCUGGCUAGAAACCUUAAUUUGAAAGCCUAACCCAGGGUCAAAAUCUUUCUUUGAAA